AGAGCAGUUCAGAGGAGCUCUGACUUGUGGCGGUGCUGCAAUGCGCGUAAAAGGCGCGUCUCCGUUUUUACGCACAGCGCAAAGUGGAAAACAUAGAUAGAUUAUUAUUUCCACUUUCAAUACUUUUACUUAAUUUUAAAUCUAGCAUUUCCACGAAAGCAAAGUAUGAAGUGGACACUACAAGAGCACUUCAUUUCCAAAAGAGCGUGAGGCGGCGAAGCUUUCUGAAACUUUCCAUUGUUCACUUUGCAUUUGGCACCGGAAUCCUUAACUUCGUUGUGUAGUUAAUUAGGUAUCAUCCACUGGUUUAAAGACACUUUCGGUCGUACACGGAAAAAUGGAUCCUUUAUUCAAUACCACCGAUGUGCCAAAUUGGACCACCCGCUCCAACGACACCAAUAACGGGACCAUGUACUGGAACCAGUUUGUGCAGCCAGUUUGGCGAAUCGUCCUCUGGGCCAUUGCGUACAGUUGUAUAGUUAUCGUGUCCGUUGUAGGCAAUGUCACAGUCAUCUGGAUUAUUAUGGCUCAUAAACGCAUGAGGACAGUCACCAAUUAUUUUCUACUCAACCUGGCGUUUGCCGAAGCCUCCAUGUCCGCCUUCAACACGGUCAUCAACUUCACCUACGCAGUGCACAACGAGUGGUACUUCGGGCUGGUCUACUGCCGCUUCCACAACUUCUUCCCGAUCGCGGCUGUGUUUGCCAGCAUCUACUCCAUGACUGCGAUCGCUCUGGACAGGUACAUGGCCAUCAUCCACCCUCUGCAGCAGCGCAUGUCUUCCACUGAAACGAAGGUGGUGGUGGGUGUGAUCUGGGUUCUGGCUCUGCUGCUGGCAUUCCCUCAGUACUACUACUCCAACACGGACCAGCUCCCCGGCCGGGUGGUGUGCUACAUCGACUGGCCCGAGUACACCGUGUGCGACUUCAAAAAGAUGUACUAUGUGUGUGUGGCCAUCCUGAUCUACUUCCUUCCACUGCUGGUGAUGGGUUGUGCUUAUCUGGUGGUGGGACUGACGCUCUGGGCCAGUGAGAUCCCUGGAGACUCCUCUGACCGCUACAAGGAGCAGCUGACUGCCAAACGCAAGGUGGUGAAGAUGAUGAUUGUGGUGGUUUGUACGUUUGCCAUCUGUUGGCUGCCCUACCAUGUCUACUUUCUCCUGCAUCAGUUCUUCCCUGACAUGUUUGAAGAACAGUUCAUCCAGCAGGUCUACCUGGCCAUCAUGUGGUUGGCCAUGAGCUCCACCAUGUACAACCCCAUCAUCUACUGCUGCCUCAAUGACAGGUUUCGUGCUGGAUUUAAACAAGCCUUCCGCUGCUGCCCCUGUGUUCCUCGAGGCUCUUAUGAAGGCCUGGAACUGAAGUCCACCCGCUACCUUCAGACUCAGACCAGCGUUUACAAGGCGAGCCGAAUGGAGACCACCGUAUCUACUGUCCUCCAGAGUGGGGACGACGCGGAGCAGCCCAAGGUCAAGGCGACAGCGGUUUCAGGGCCCGGUGUGGCUGGAGUCGGGGCCAGACCACAUAGCUCCUCCCUGGACCUCACUUCAAACGGGUCAUCAUCCCGGAGUGUCUCCAAAACGGUAUCAGAGACGUCCAGUUUCUACUCCAGUAACAACCUGCAAGAAUAAACCUCAAGUACAGGCAGCGUUUGUCUGGACAGCAGAGAGAGAGAGUGUGAGUUGACUGUUCACAUAGCUACUUUUGUCUGCGUGUAUUCAUGCAAAGUACAGUGUGAUUGUGUGAGUUUGUCUGCUGGUGACUGUCAGUGUCUAAUGAAUAUAUUUCUGAUGUGUUCACUGGAACAUCAUGAUAGGAAAUGUCUUCACUGAGCCCUCUUCCUACUCACAACAUCCUGGUAGAAAGUACUCACGCUACUCACAGCUAAUGAUCAACUGGCAACAAGAAGAUUUGCUCAGUUCCAGAAAGCAACGAGGAGCACUUCAAUGACAUGAGCACAUUCCAGUUCAAAAGCGACGCUGAAGCAGACGCUAGCGCCUCCGAUCUUCACAGCUUCUGCUUGUCACACCAGCCUUCUCUCAGUGCAGAGAGAAGGUUCACACAUCCUCAAUCACACAGGCUAUGUGAUUUCACACGGUUUAUUUUGGAGUGGCGCUACAACAUGAGACCAGCAUGCUUUCAACAAGGCGACCCUUCGUUUUAACAGGGGCGGUUCUCUGCAAAGAAACAAAGCUUAGAUUUUCAGUGUGCCGAGUAAGUGCCUGACUGUGGUUUCAGUUAAAAGUUCAACCAUAAAAGGUGAU